GAAUUACUCGCUUCCAUGCUGCAUGUGUCCUUAGGCACCGGUGAUCUGUCGAAUUUAUGCAUAGCUCCCCGGGUUGUAUGAAUCCGGUGUUAACAACAGCCGAGCGGAUGACAGGACAUGCUUUGUGAACUAAAGGAAUUCUAUCCGGUUUGGACUUGUGUAAUGAAAAGCGCAACAGGUGAUCUAAACUGCUUGGUUGAAUGGGAAGAAAAUUUACUUCCUUGCUGACCUUCAUAUCAUGAGCCCCGUCAUGUUGCUCAUGAUGUUGAUGACGGCACCCACCAAUACACAUCCAUCAGGUGAUUCGCUCAGCGGCGAACACAUUCGUGAACUCCAGGUGAUCCCGGUAUUAGGUUCCUCAACAGAUGCCAUUGUGAGUUCCCGAAGAAUACACGCGGAACACAUCCGACAGGCAAUUUUACUUGAGGCAUAUGGACACCAUGACUUCGGUUAUCAUCGAGUCGCUUGGGUGCGAAACCUCACUGCCACAAUCUACAGCACUUUUGUGUUUCUAGGCGUGAUUUCUAACUUUCUGGUAGCAUACAUCUUGUUGUUCGUGCGUCGAAGAGCACUAUCAAACAUUACAAACAUUUUUGUACUCAUUUUGGCUCUUUCGGACAUAGUGCUCUGUGGUUCCAACAUGCCUGUACAACUUUACUACGAGCUGAAGGAGACAAUCUUCCUAAACUCAACAAUAUGUAAAUUAGUCUUUCCCCUAUUUGGUUUGCCUAUGCACGUUUCUUGUUUGAUCAUGCUCCUGAUUGCCUGUGAUCGACACCAAAUAAUCAUCUAUCCUCUUCGACCAAGAAUGUCCAAUCAAGUCGCCGUCUGUCUCAUUGUUUUUGUUGUGAUGAUCAGCGUGAUAAUCAGUAUCCCAAUCGCAAUCUAUACUACAGUAAGUCAUGCCAUACCUCCGAGUUCCUCCGAUGCCAACACAACGUUUUCAAGAGAACGUCACACCUAUUGCGUCGAACGAUGGCCCAGUGAUGAGGCCAGACUUAUCUAUUCUGUCGUCGUCUUUCUGUCCCAUUUUUUCAUACCUCUGUUUCUUACAUCAGUGCUCUACGGACACAUAUUUUUUCGGCUGCAUGAGCGCCGAUUUCAUCGCAAUUCGGUGGAAAGAAAAAGAAAGACCAACAAAAUUCUCAUCCGCAUUGUUCUGUGCUUUGCACUUUGUUGGGGUCCUUGGACAUGCUUCUCAUUGUGGUUAGAAGUGCAUGCAUAUUCCAUACAAAAAGGAUCAUGGAGGAGUACUGCCAAGCUGCCACCACCAGACGUGAGCAAAUUUGAAAAUAUAAAGCAGUUAAUAAGUAACACCAUGGUGUAUGCACCAGGGACACACGAAAUUCCUCAUCCUGCUUCCUUGUUUGAUGUUUAUCCCAACGACAUUGCAGGGUAUAGCGAGCUCCUCGCUGCACCUGCUGGGGCGUCACGUGAACCCCUUGGACGGCAAAACGUCACCGGUGAGUAUAACUCGGAGUUCCCCAUAUUCGGAAUCUCUUCAAUUGAACAUACAACGAGGCUAAUUGACUUAUCUCUGAAAUUACUAGCUAUGGGCUCAGGAUGCAUUAACCCGUGGUUAUACGGUUGGCUCAAUAAAUUUUUGGUCUCGUUGAUACGAACUCAUUGGAAACGGAUGUACAGAAAGAUGCACCUGAAAGCGAUGUUACUCGAACUGCAAGACCGCGUUCGCGGUUUGAACUGUCCGUUCGCUUUAGACGAAUGUCCGGUAUUUGAAACGUAUUCGCAGGAUAAUCCAGACUCAGGUAUACAAACAGAUGGAAUGCGGUAUCGGUCCAAAUAUCAUGUAUGCUAUUGCUGUGGCACAUAUUGUGCUUGCCAGAUUGUUUUGUCGAAAAAACUGCAGUUCUGGACCCGUCCAAAUCAAUCUCUAUUAAAUAGGAGACCAUGUCAGCCCCUUAGUCACAGUUGUCUCAACAAAGAUAGUUCUCAAAAGGAUUCUGUGCGAAAUGCGGAACCAUGUGAUAAAUGUGCUGCCAUCCUGCGAAGUGGCAGCGGUUCGAAAACAUCGCACACUAAUAGCAGCAAACAGAAAGGCUCACGUUGUUCAGCUGAAGCUAUCGGCAUGGGCCCAGCAUUUUUGACGCCACAGAAUGCGAUAGAAUGUGGACUAGAGAACCCACCAAAUGAAGUACAUCCGCCGAUGUCGCAGCGAGAUAUGGAUUAUUAUCAGUUUAAUGUUUAUAAAAGAUUUGGUCGAAGACACUCUACCCGAUUUAGUGGUUCUUCGUUCAGUUACCUUGAUCCAUCCACGAAGCAGACUAGUUUGCUCCCCUCUUCUGCCUACACUGCCACUCCAAGAGGAUCAUUGCUGCGUGCCUCCGAGCAAAGUUCUACUGCACGGAUGGAAAUGGACAUUGUCCCAUCGACCGGUUAUAGCAGUCAGUUAACGAAACCAGCACCAGGAAGUUACCUAUGUCCACCAAAUGCUCAAUUAUUAAUGAAUCCUCAAAAGUUGAUGAUACAAAAAGAAACCUCGUCCAUAAUAGAAGAACACGUAAUUCCCACGACAAUUCAUAAUGUAUGCGUUGAGCAACCAUCUACAUCAGACGAACAAGAUGUUGAAAAUGUGAUUACUUUGAUGUGUCCUGAUCCUACAACAUUGCGAUAUUCCAGCGGUUUGGCGACCGUUAAGGAGCAAUCCCCUACAUUAGAAAGACGUGGUGUCAGUGAAGACAAUGUUGAGUAUUCUUUUCUUUCAUCUACUGCAAUGCCCUGUACAGUGCCAACGGCAGCAGAUAAUCUUAACACGUUCAAGUACUUGGAACAACAGCAUACUGCCCAGGUAUAUGAUGAUACAUCAACGCAGGAACCGGACCAUAAUGCAAUUGCUCGAAAACAUUCAGGCGCAUUUGAGAUUAUUCAAGGGAAUACUAGCGAAAUACCGUUUGCAGAUGAGAUGGAGAACGAUGAACCUGUAAUUGACAUAGGAACGCUCCAAAUGAGAUCGUCGCUGCGGAAAGCCAGCGAUGGAGGGCUUUCUUCUGAUGCCACGGUGCAUAGACGGGCCAAGACGGUAAGGCAACAUGGUGAAGGGAAAAUCAUGAAAGGCGUAGAUCACGAUGUGCCAAAGGUGAUUCCUCAGCUGCAUAUACCUACUCAGCAGAACGGAUCUAUGUUCUCUACCGAUGCAACCAGGGAACUGAGGCGGACAUCCGAAGUGAAUGACACCAUACCUGUCAAACGUAGAUUGAGCUUUUAUCCAGCUUUUUUGCACAGACGAAAAGGGAGCACCUCUAAGUCAAACCUCAACCCGAGUUUAACGGCAGGUCGCUUGAGUGUGCGAGAGCGUAGAAUAGAUAUACCAACAAUCACGAUGAAUCGAGCAAGUCGGAGCCGUCUUUCAAAAUCGCUACGACCUGAGCCGGAGCACGGAUGCACAUCCGCGACCUAUGUAAGCAAAGAGGAUGUCACGGACGUGGAUGAAUUCGCGCACAUAAGUCGUCUCGUAGCUAUAGAAGCAAUUCGAAAGAAACAGGCACGUCACCGCGCUAUGAGUGUUGGCUCCGCUGCAAAACCUGCGCCAAAAAGGAUAGAAACGCGUUCCAGCAUGGCAAACAUUUGAGUUCCUUUUCCGGAGACACAUGACAUAUGAAUUCUUGUCCUUUAUUUCACCAAAAAUGCAAACACCGCGCUAAUUCAGCGUUCGAUAUGGUCAACAGAAAUCUACAGAUGCCCUUUCCGAUGCAAACUGAUACAGAAAAAAUUCCCAUAUUUUGCUGAAAAUUGCCACCGUUAUUUCUUGUUGAACUUUUUAAUAACAUUGUGUGCACAUUCCC